CAACAGACACUGCAACCGCUGCGUAGCCCAACUAGGCUGGACCCUCUGGACGCCCGCACCGCUGACACAGGCGCCGCAGUCGUAGAAACGAUUGCAGAACCAAUCUGGUCCGGUAGCGGUUCAAGUGGCCGAUAUCGGAUGGCCGAAGAGCCCUUCCUGAGGCCAAGUCAACUUGUCAGGAUGCGCAGCUCAGGAGUGCCGCGUUUGCAGCCGAUCCAGUCGCGUCUGAACAGCUCAAUGCGUAGCCUCGCCUCAUUGACGCCAAGUCAAAAAGGCAGAUUGUCCAGCGACGAGGGAACUCGGUUUGAUCCUAAUCUGGUUCCAGUCGUCUCCAGUGGAGCACCAAAGACUGGCCUAAGUUUGGCUACCUCCGUCGGUCUUGCCACGCCAAUCAAGCUGACUCCUCAAGAUUUCGUGCCACGCUAUUCUGCCUGGGCCCAGUACGCUGACGCGAGCACUGCAAGAGGUCGGGCUGCCUGUGUCCAGAAUGCUCGGAGAGCCAGAACAGAGCCGCCAAAAUCCGAUCACAAAGACCUUGCGACGGAGCAGGAGAAGUCACACUUCGUGCUUCCCUCCAAAACAUCUGGUUCCGUCCAGCCCCCGAAAGCACCAGAGGCUGGCAACUUGCCGCCUCAGGUCAGCUUGGUCUCCUCGAGAAGAGCCGACUCGAGUCGUCUGGAUGAGGGCAUUGUACAAGACGAUAAACUUGAACACUUAAUAGAAGGUCUUAAGCCAGCCGACCAGGAGUCCGUCAUAGACAAUUCACAAGAGACUGAGGCGGAUAAGCGGCAAUCAUUGAAGAUGAUCCACUGUGAAAAUGAAUGGAGCGCAGACCAAUUUUGGCCGCAGAAUAAGGAAAAGGCGUUGGUGAAAGCACCAGCUAAACACACAGUAUAUCCAGCGCAGGCUGGCAGCAACUUGUCAGACACCCAAGAGACGAAUAAAAAUGGUUUGGUUGACGCUGCAGACGAAGCCUCCUCUUUAGACUGGCGCUCGAUUGACUUCGGAGGUGAGACAGAGACUGAAGCAACCGAUGGUUUGAACCAAAUAUCCGAUCUGGUUUGUCUCACCGACCUGGUAGACACUUGCAUGACACGACAUCAGGCGUUGUUGGCCAACCGGCCAUCAGCCCUUGAAAAUCUUCUCAUCAAUAUGGGUUGGUGGCCAGUCGCUCCUACCCCGGGACACCAUUACAGUCCACCGAGGGCGGCAGAAUCAAUCUCCGUGGCAGCCAACGACUUUGAUCCCGGCGAAGAUUCGCACUGUGACGAAUUCCUCGACCUGCUGGCUGGACCAGCUGGACGGCGUCCCUUGAACCUGGGCGAAUUCGGCUUAUCUCACCUGACCAGCAACCUAGAGCGUCGGCCAGCCGACGGACUGCUUUAUCUGCGCUGCGGUCAGGCCGAAUGCAGCCUGCCCAUGGUGCGAGUGGCGGCUGCCAUCAAUUGGCUCGCCUGUGGCAACUGUUACACGGUCUACUGUUCGGCCAAAUGCCGUGACUACGAUCGCGAUGAACUGGGCCAUCCAGAGGUUUGCUCGUUCGCUCGAGCCAAGCGCAUAUGUGGCCGUGUGCUGCGCAACCUGGCGUCCGGUCAGCUGGCCAGCCUCAUCGCCCUGGCCAAGGCCGGUCUGGCUCGUCUCGGCCGAGGCGGUGUUGUGCUCACCUUCAGCUGCGUCCGACAUGCAGAAGUCUUCUUCACCUUCUGCCAACAGCAGACCGGACAGGCGCCAGCCUCUCUUGGCCGACCGGUCGAUGCAGAGGCUGCCAGCCGGAUGUGGCAACGACAACGGAUUCCCAGUCCCGGAGCACUGAUGUCACCUCCGCUCUACCUGACACUGAACGAGUUGGACGAACUUGACUCCGGUCUGGCGGCACCCUGUCGGGCCUACGCUUUAGAUGCCAGUUUCGUGCUGAUCGUGAUCGUGUGCGCUCAUGAGCUGCACACCAGCCCCGAUGGACGUCCAGUACACCUCUUCAAGCAGAGCCUCGUGUUGCCCUUUUCAGCCUCGAGCACGAUACUUCACUCGCCCGGCGUCAGCGAGGCGGCCAAACUGAACGCUGGCUCGGUGCGGCCGCACAAGCCACAACGUCCACCAGCAGCAAUCACCUUCGAGACG